GGCCACGCUGCCCCUGGGACGAAUGCAGGGAAGGCCUUCUGCAUGUGCUACGCUGCCCUGGGCAUUCCACUCACCCUUGUCAUGUUCCAGAGCCUUGGCGAACGCAUGAACACCUUCGUCAAGUACCUCUUGCAACGGAUGAAGAAGUGUUGCCGGAUGAGAAGCACCGAGGUCUCCAUGGAGAACAUGGUGGCCGUCGGCUUCUUCUCCUGCAUCGGCACCCUCUGCAUCGGAGCAGCUGCCUUCUCUCAUUGUGAAGAGUGGACCUUCUUUCAGGCCUUCUAUUACUGUUUUAUCACAUUGACUACAAUCGGGUUCGGAGACUACGUGGCCCUUCAGACGAAAGGAGCCCUUCAGAAGAAGCCGCUCUAUGUGGCCUUUAGCUUUAUGUACAUCCUGGUGGGAUUAACCGUCAUCGGGGCUUUCCUCAAUCUGGUUGUUCUCAGGUUGUUCAUGAACAUCGAGGAAGAGAGACGGGAGGCUGAGGAGAGGGCCUCCCAGGCGGGAAACCGGAGUAGCAUGGUGGUCCACAUCCAAGAAGACUCUCAACAUGGCCGCCCACGGUAC